UUCGUGUAAACCACGCACGCAGACUCAAGCAGUGCUUCAGAAAUGGCGGCCGAUGGAGGCAGCUCUUCACUGCAGCUACCCUGCGCCUUUUCACCUAAAUCACGACAGUACUUAGCGCUGUGUGCCCAGGAUGGCAGACUGCGCAUCUGGAACACAGACAGUAAAACACUUCAUCAAGAAUAUGUGCCUUCAGCUCAUUUGAGCGCCACCUGUAUCUGCAUAGCUUGGGGACCAUGCCGGACAGUCAAGGAGGGACCUCAGAGGAAGAAGAGGAAAUCGGAGGCAGGACAGGUGGAGGAGAAGGCAGACCUGUUGGCGAUGGGCACAGCAGCGGGUACUGUUCUCAUUUACAGUACAGCAAAGGGAGCGCUGCACUGUACUCUGGAUGGAGGCCACAGUGGAGGAGUGAAUUGUGUCCAGUGGCACCCUGAUGACAGUUUAUUAUACAGCGGCUCAGAUGACACAAACAUUAUAGAGUGGGACCUGCAGACAGGCAAACCAAGAAGUAGGUGGAAGGCCGACCGUGCAGCAGUGACCAGUCUGUGUGUGAGCCCUGAUGGCAAACUGCUGCUUUCAGCCGGUCAGGUUAUCAAGAUGUGGGACUUGGACACCAAGGAGGUGUACAGGAAGUUCACAGGCCACUCCACAGCUGUGACGACCCUCUGCUUUGCCACCACGCGACCUCCCGACAGCAACGGCCUCUACUUCCUGUCUGGCGCUGCACAUGAUCGUCUUCUUAGUGUUUGGCAAGUACGAGAAGAUGGCAAGGACAAGAACUCGGUUGUUUCCUUCACAUUGACGGACGAGCCUCAACACAUCGACAUCGUCGCGUCCAACAGCAAGGACGAGGCUGUGAGGAUGGCAGUGGUGUGUAAGGACGGACAGAUGCAUCUCUUUGAGCACUUUUUAAAUGGGCCCUGUAAGAAGCCGUUUUCACCCUCAUGUACGGUGCAGAUGUCAGACACAAAAGACUCCCCGAUGCCGAUCCCGCUUCUGGCUGCCGCUCUCGGAGCUGAUACACGGAGCGUGCUGCUGACGUACGGAAACCACCUUCAGCCGGUCGUGGAGAGAGUGGAGAUCAACACCGCAGAGAGACACAUCUGCCUGACCCGGGAUGUUCAGACCACCUUGUCUCUUUCCAUGGAAACCACUGUUUCCAAGGUGAAAACCCCAAUCGUCAACGCCAAGAGCAAAGUGUUGGUCCCAGGGCUUCCCGGUCAUCAAGGACCAGUCAAGGGAACGGAGAAGAGGAAAAAAGACACAGACACCAAAGAGUUGUCGAUAGCAGAGCGACUCGGUGAAAUCGACCUGUCCACAGUCUCUGCUGUGAAGGGAGCGCCUAAAGGGACGGCCUCUUUACAGACGGACAACUUUGCAGUUCUGCUGGUGCAGGGCCUGGAGAGCAGCGACGCCAACAUCCUCAAUAAAGUUUUUCAAACUCGCAAAGAAGUGGUGAUAAAGAAAACGGUUGCUCGGUUACCCCUCCCUGCUGUCUUACCUUUAGUGGAAGAGAUCACAAAGAGGCUCCAAGGGCAUCCUUUCACGGCAGUGUUAAUGGUACGGUGGCUCAAGGCUGUGCUCAUGCACCACACAUCAUAUCUGGCAUCGCUGCCAGACCUGGUUACCCAGCUGGGAGUUCUGUAUCACAUGAUCGAGAGCAGAGUGAAGAUGUUCCACAAGCUGACGAAGCUGCACGGGAAGCUGUAUCUCCUAACGACGCAGGUGGCGACAGGUGACAGCAACACGGUUACAGAUGUUGACCACACAGCUAAGCUGGUGUAUGAGGAGGAAUCAUCUGAUGAAGACGAGGCCUCUGGUGAUGAAGGUCUUCCAGAUGAAGAGGACUCAGAUAAUUGGGAAGAGGAGGAGGCGAUGGAGGAGAAAAUGGAGGACAAGGAGGAGGAAGACGAGGAGGAUCCAGACAGCCGAACAGAUUCCAAAGCUAACGGAGAGGAAGACAUGGAUCACGAAAACGAAAGUGAAGAAGAAUGAGGCCGAACAAGGAGAAAUUGAAACCAUACAUACAAUGGACCUGAAAGAGUUAUAUAUACUUUCAUUUUAUUUUCCUGCUUUUGAUUUUAUUACCAGAACAAAGUAUGGUUUUACCAAAAAAAAAAAAAAAUCAAGGGACACAUGUUGAAACGUGGGCAGCUGAGGCCCCUGUCUCGCCACAUUUCAAGCCACAAGGUCGGUCAUGUCACGCCCUGUCUUUUCCCCCGUCUUGAGGAACUCAUGCAACAUUUUGGGGAGUCGUACAAAAAACAUUCAGCAAAAUGAAAUCAAGGAAACUUCAGUCUGGGCAUCCCAGCAUCAAAACAUGACAGAAAAGGUCAUUUGAUAGGGUUCCAGUUUGCUUCCACUGCAGUCUGCAUUCCAAUCUUUAUAUUGUUAUAUAAUAGAAAUAGUAUUUAGUCUGUCAUACGACCAGCUUAACAGUAGACGAGGCAGCAGUCUGUCUUUGAUUGAUUUAUUCUAACCUUACUCUUCAGGCCGUCUGGAACACACAGAUGCAAACACAGUGCAGGUACGGAGCCCACCCAGUCCACUAUCAGCUGUUAGUUGUACAGAAUACUGCUCAAUCCAGGGGGGGGGCGUACCAGGCAGACCUUACAUCAUGUCCCCACACCAUGUAAAUCUCUAUGUACAGUGGAGUGUUUGUAUGAGCUCUUCCCUCUACAGUUUCCCUUCAGAAAUCCUCGGGAUUAAAUGAACUCCUGUAAAGUCUCCUGAAUGCUGUUCUUUUUUUUUAUUGUUUCCUGAUUUGUUGCAGCCCUCUUGUUUUAACUUGAUCUUUUCUGUGCAUUUUGUGUUUCUGGGCAUGCCCUGAUGGCCACUGCUUGAACCCAUGGUCACAGGGACGACUGGGGGGGG